AUGACAUUCAGCAGGGCAGAGUACGUCAAAGCGAAAACAAUAAACACACACCGGAGUAAAUUCCAGCGCCUGAUAAAAAACCAGAGCAAAUCACUGCCCGAAACACAGCCAAAUGAGGCUAGUAACAGGAGUGUGGUUAAUCUGUCGCAACAAUCAUUAACGGGCGACAUGUUUAAUGUGUUAUCGAAAGGCCUAAAUUUCGCUUUGACUCCGUCAUCCCUUCCUGUUGAGAGCAUCGUCACCAGCAUAGAGGACGCGAUCAUACGCAACAGAGUGCCGAACAGAGAAGCUGAGUGCCUCCGACAGGAUGUCUCUUCGCUGUUGCGAUACAGUAAGCUACCAAAGCCUAACAUCAGUAAGCAAGAAAGACAAGCACUCUCAUUACUGCGGAAGAAUGAGGAUAUUCUGGUGUUGCCGGCGGAUAAGGGGAAUGCGACUGUAGUCGUAGACACAGCGGUCUACGAGGAGAAGGUUACGCAGCUAGUAGGAGAUCCAAACACUUAUAAGAAAGUAUCGUAUAACCCUACAGCACGCGUAACAUCGAGGCUCAACAGGUUACUUGGAGCGAUAUCGGCCAAGGAUCAGUCUAGAACGCUGCGUCAAUUAAACCCCACCACCCCAAAGAUUUAUGGGCUACCCAAAAUUCAUAAAAGUGACUGGCCCCUGAGACCCAUUGUGAGUCAGAUAGAUUCACCCACGUACAAGGCGUCCCGCUUCUUAUCGGGCCUCUUGCAACCUCUAACGGGUAACACGUCCAGUUUCGUACGAGACUCUACACAUUUUGUGCAGCUACUUGAUGACGUUACGUUGAAGGAGGAUGAGUUGAUGGUGAGUUUCGAUGUAGCCUCCUUGUUCACGAAUGUGCCGGUAAUGGAAACGAUAGAGAUUAUAAGACGGAUGGCCAGCCGCGGCGGCCCACUUACCGAGUACAAGGGAUUAAUCGAGUUUUGUCUCACUAGUGGAUAUUUUGUGUGGCGGGGUGAACACUAUCUGCAAAUAGAAGGGGUGGCAAUGGGUUCUCCUAUAGCACCAGUGGUGGCCAAUAUUUUUAUGGAGGAGUUUGAGCAGAGAGCUUUGGAGAGCUGCCCGCAUAAACCCAGACUGUGGUGGCGAUAUGUGGACGACGUGUUUGCUGUUGUAUCACACAACGAUCUGGACCCGUUACUCGUCCACCUAAACGAGCGGCAUGCCAAGAUUAAGUUCACCAUUGAGAAGGAGUGCAAUGGGGCACUCCCUUUUCUGGAUGUCUUGGUGCAGCGGGACGAGCAUGGCCGGUUGACUCAUAAAGUGUAUCGUAAGUCUACACACACUGAUCGGUACCUGCAAGCUGACUCACACCAUCACCCCGCACACUUGUCUUCCGUUCCACGCGCGCUCAUCAAUAGGGCUUUACGGCUCUGUGACCCGCAGUACGUGCAAGAUUUGUAUUAA